AUGGAGAUACAUGAGUAUCAGCAUAACCAAGCCGCUCUUGACAGCGCAUCUCCUGACAAGGAUGAAGAGAGCGUUCCUCUUAUGCAUGGCGACUGGACGUGGAACGGAGAGUGUUGGGUCAAGGCGGACGGACACGCAUAUGACCCCGUGCUGAAGCGACUCUUCAAGGAUGGAGUCCUGGUGUUCCAGGAGGACUGCGAGGAACAUGGUGCGGAAGGAGGACACGAGCUGGAGGGCUCCGCUCAUCGGGAGGGAGAGCAUGAGGCUUGCGAUGCCGUCACGUACGGCGAGAUGUGGGUGACGGCAGACGGGUUCUCCUACCAUCCGCUGCUGCAGCAGCUGUUCAAGCACGGAGAGCGAGUCAUGCACGAAAGCUGCGAGGACAGCGAGAGGUUGCGACAUCAUCUGCUCGCUCAGGAUUAUGUGGCCAACUACGGGACUGAGAGGAGCGUCGAGAUCGGAAAAGAGGAGGAGGAGAGAAAGGCGCAGGGGGAACGAGUGACCUUGAACGAGGCGGAGGAGGAGCGGGGGGUUGAUAGAGAGCAGGUCAUGGAAGGGGAAGAUGCGAGCGAACAACUUGCGGGUGCUAGCGGGGAGGGAGCAAAGGAGGAGGAGGAAGGGGCGAGCAGAAAAAUCAAGAGGUACCAUGUGGUGGGAACAAGUGGAGGGACUUUAGGGAGGAGCAAGGAGAGCACGGUCUUUGUGCCGAGGUCCAAAUUGAGCAGGACGCAUGCAAGGAUCGUCUGGACCUGCGAGGACAGUAGCUUCGUCCUGCUGGAUUGUAACAGCCGACGAGGCACUUUCUGCGAUGGGAGGCGAGCAGGGAGUGAGGAAGGAGUGAAGCUCAGGAGAGGUUCGAUCUUCUGCCUGGGGCAGCUCGUCAGCUUCCGAGUGAAGAGGAUCGAGAGAAAAGAAACAGGAGAAGAGAUCCACUUCGAGGAGAUCAAAUUCAAGGAGCAACAUGCCAUAGAAGCUCCUUCCCGCCCCGUCGCCCCUCCCCGAGUCUACAGAGACAGAGCGGCAGAACGGCGCUGCCUCUACAACUCGCUCGAGAGUCAAGCAACCCGUCAGAAAUAUUCUGAGCUGCAGCGCGAGCAAGCGGCGCGAGAAGAGGAGUUCUUCAGCCGACAGGACCGUCUCACUGCUGUAGCCCAGAGCUUGGUAGAGAGCGGCAGAGCGACAGCAUGCAAGAGCAAAUGCGAAUCAACGAGCGAGGAGGAGGAGGAGGAGGAGGACCCCGAGUGGCUGCAGCGGGGGAGGAAAAUGCUGGAGAAGAUGGGGUGGGAGCAUGGCAAGGGGCUGGGCAAGCACAAGCAGGGAAUCUCCGCUCCCAUCAUCCCUUCAUCUACUCUCGGCAAGAGCGGCAUAGGAGCAGACAGGUAG